AUGGCACCUCUGCAGCAGGCCCUGCCCUCCCUUCAACUCUUUGUUAAUGCCGAGGAUUUCCGAGACCUCGGCAUGACGCCAUGGUUCAGUUAUUCCGUUACCUUGCCCGAGCGUCCAAUCCCCAGCGCGUCUGACCGACCUCCGAUGGAGACUGAGCACCUGUUGAUUCGCCCUCUUACGAUGAAAGACCUUGACGCCUUUCACGAGCUCCGCCACAACCCCGAGGUUCAGAAUCUUUCCACAGCUCGUGGCCGCGCCAGCAAAGACAAGGACGAGACAAAUCGACAGCUUCAUUCUUUGGUCCAAGACGACCAGAGCCACUGGUUGUUUGGCGCUUUUCUCAAGUCGACCGGCGAACUCAUUGGUGAGGGAGGUCUACCAGACGUUCUCACUAUGUCUUCUUCCUCCUCUGGUUGGCCCGACGCCGAGUUUUUAAUCAAGCCUGAACAUCGUCGCCAGGGAUAUGGAACCGAGCUCUACAAUGCUGUCAUGGACUCUUGGUGGGAUCUUCCCCGCGAGAGGAGACGUCACCAGCUGAUCCCCUUGAUUGCGCCUGGCAAAGAAGCAGGCGACAAGAUGCACGAGUGCGUUGUGUUCCAGUGGGAGGAAGGUAAUGAGGCAGCCAAGCACUUCUUCGCCAAGGUCCUAGCACAAGCACCGGUUGCUGUUGAAGGCGGCUGCGAAAGUAUUGACACCCGAGAUGGUAGAGAAGGGAAUAUAGUUAUGUGGUCUGGUACUGCCAUUGCCAACCCUAGGCCCAUGGUUGAAGACGAAGAUUCUGAUUAG